GAUGCGUCCGAGCUAGGAGCCAGGUCCAGAAUGGGGACCACAUCUGUCUGGGCCUCAGGCCUCCUGAUGCUGCCGGUGCUACUGCUUGCGGCUGGAGAUCAGGGCGCACAGGACACUACUGCGGCCACCACCACUGAGAAGGGGCUCCACAUGCAGAAGUUGGGGUCUGGGUCGGUGCGGGCCGCGCUGGCAGAGCUGGUGGCCCUGCCCUGCCUCUUUACCCUGCAGCCCUGGCCAGGUGUGGCCCGAGACGGGCCUCGGAUCAAGUGGACCAAAGUGCGGACUGCAUCAGGCCAGCGACAGGACUUGCCCAUCUUGGUAGCUAAGGACAAUGUGGUGAGGGUGGCCAAGGACUGGCAGGGACGGGUGUCACUGCCUGCCUACCCCCAGCACCGAGCCAAUGCCACGCUACUGCUGGGACCCCUGAGGGCCAGCGACUCGGGGCUGUACCGCUGCCAGGUGGUCAGAGGCAUCGAAGAUGAGCAAGACCUGGUGCCCCUGGAGGUGACCGGUGUUGUGUUCCACUAUCGGGCAGCUCGGGACCGCUAUGCACUGACCUUUGCGGAGGCCCAGGAGGCCUGCCGUUUCAGCUCGGCCACCAUCGCAGCCCCACGACACCUGCAAGCUGCCUUUGAGGAUGGCUUUGACAACUGUGACGCUGGCUGGCUCUCUGACCGCACCGUAAGAUACCCUAUCACCCAGUCCCGGCCUGGUUGCUAUGGUGACCGGAGCAGCCUUCCAGGGGUUCGGAGCUAUGGGAGGCGCGACCCACAGGAACUCUACGAUGUGUACUGCUUUGCCCGCGAGCUGGGGGGCGAGGUCUUCUACGUGGGCCCGGCCCGCCGCCUGACUCUGGCCGGUGCGCGUGCCCAGUGCCACCGCCAGGGCGCAGCGCUGGCCUCGGUGGGACAGCUGCACCUGGCCUGGCACGAGGGCCUGGACCAGUGUGACCCGGGCUGGCUGGCCGAUGGCAGCGUACGCUACCCGAUUCAGACGCCGCGCCGGCGCUGCGGGGGCCCAGCCCCGGGCGUGCGCACCGUCUACCGCUUCGCCAACCGGACCGGCUUCCCCGCGCCCGCCGCGCGCUUCGAUGCCUACUGCUUCCGAGCCCAUCACCCCACGCCGCAACAUGGAGACCCAGAGACGCCCUCAUCUGGAGAUGAGGGGGAGAUUCUGUCGGCAGAGGGGCCCGCAGUCCGAGAACUGGAGCCCAGCCUGGAGGAGGAGAUCACCCCUGCCUUCCAGGAGCCCCUGGUGUCCAGUGGAGAAGAAGAACCCCUGGUCUUAGCAAAGAAGCAGGAGUCUCCAAAGACACCCAGCUCUACCCCUGGGGACCCCAAACUGGCCUUGUGGCCCCCUGGGGCGGUGUGGCUGAGCACGGUGGCCCCCAGCCCCAGCAGCACGGUGGUAGGCUCAGCAGGGGCCGUCCACACAGAAGUGGCCUCCGCCAGCCCCACGCCCAGGAAGAGGACUCGCUUCAAAGGGUUGAACGGGCGCCACUUCCAACGGCAGGAACCUGAGCCCAGGCUGCAGGCGGAGCUCCAGACUGGCGUCCCCACCCCGCCACCCACCCCAGAGGCUGCUGGGAAGCACGUGGAGCCUCCCACGGCCACAGAGGCCUCGGGAAGUGGCCACAGCCGGAGUCCCUGGGCCGUUCUGACCAACGAGGUGGAUGUACCUGGAGCAGGUCCCUCUGAUGGCAGGGGGCCCUGGCUAUGGCCCCCAACCAAGAUCCCACCCAGCAUCCCAGCCCCCAGCAGGACCCCUGACCCAAAACUAGAGGGAGCCAAGGCCCCCAGCAGGAAGGUGGCCACCUUGGAACUGCCCGGGUCUCCCUCAGAGCCCACUGUCCCUGUCUCCAGCCCUCCAGAGGGUUCCAGCAUGGCCCCCUGGCAGGCACCCCCCAUGGUCACUUCCCCAGACCUACCUAUCGUGGCCAUGUUACGUGCCCCCAAACUGUGGCCAGAGCCACACUCUACGGUUGAGGGGCAGCUUGGUGACGCCACGGCUGCAGUCCCAUUGUCACCAGUCUCAGAGACCAAGGUGUAUCCCCCGGGCUCCACAGUGGUCCCCUCUCUGGCAGCCAUGGACACACAAACCGGAAAUGGCUCUAGCUCCCCUGGGGAGGACAUUAAGGGGAUCAUCUCGACUCAGCCUGUCAAAGCUGAGCACCCCAACUCCAGCCAGUGGGCUUCCGUGGACAGGACCAUGACGGUAGAUCCUGUCCCCUCUGGGACCACCGCUGAACCCACGAGCAUCGGAGGCGCAGUGGGAUCUGAGCCAGGGGUCUCCCACGCAGCAGACAGCCCCACUUCUGGGCCUGUGGUCACUGUGGACGAGGUACCGGGCACCUGGUCAUCAUCGCACAGCAAUGGCAGUGUCCCAUCUGCACCCCCGGGGGACCCUGGAGUGUUGAUGUCUGGAGUCACCCCAAGUUUGGGGCCAUGGGGGACUUCAGCUGGAGCUUCCGUGAGUCGUAUAGACUCCACAGUUGUGCCGGACCCCAGUGAUUCUGGGGGACUUUGGGAGUCUGGACCCCAUGUAGUUGAAGGAGCCAGGAGUCACACUUUGAGUCCUCAGGUGGCUGUGCAUACAGAUGUGGUGACAUUGCUCCCAUCCCUGGACCAGGCGAUCAAGGUGGAAGUCCUGACCACAUCCACACUGACCCCCUCAAGCUCCCAACACCAUCUAGAGGCAGAUGACCAGAUGGUGGCCCAGGGGACACUGGGACCUUCGGCCCCUCCACCUCUGGGCAGCCCCCCGGGGAAGCCAGUCCUUCCUUCUUGGACAACCACGGUGGCCAGCAUGGACGAAGCAGCCUCAGUGUCCUCAGGAGAGACUUUGGGGCCGUGGGGCUCUCCGAGUGCCCUGCUGCCUGUGUCCCUGGGUACGGUGGAGUCCGAGCUGGAGGUGGUGGCAGGGAGGCCAGGCAUGGAGGGCUUCUGGGAGGAGGCAGCGAGCGGAGAGGAGCCAGCCCUGCCGGGGACCCCUGCAAACCGAAGUGCGGACGAGGUCCCUUCGGAUCCCUGCGAGAACAACCCUUGUCUGCACGGGGGGACCUGCAAUGCCAACAGCACCACGUACGGCUGUCGCUGUGGCCAGGGCUUUGCCGGGGAGAACUGUGAGAUGGACAUUGACGACUGUGCCUGCAGCCCCUGCGAGAACGGAGGCACCUGUAUUGACGAGGUCAAUGGCUUUGUCUGCCUCUGCCUCCCCAGCUAUGGGGGCAGCCUGUGUGAGAAAGACACGGAAGGCUGUGACCGAGGCUGGCACAAGUUCCAGGGCCACUGCUACCGAUAUUUCGCCCAUCGUCGGGCGUGGGAGGACGCGGAAAGGGACUGCCGCCGCCGGGCGGGCCACCUGACCAGCAUCCACUCGCCUGAGGAGCACAGCUUCAUCAACAGCUUCGGUCAUGAAAACACGUGGAUCGGCCUGAACGACAGGAUCGUGGAGAGGGAUUUCCAGUGGACAGACAACUCCGGGCUGCAAUUCGAGAACUGGCGGGAGAAACAGCCGGACAAUUUCUUCGCGGGCGGGGAGGACUGCGUGGUGAUGGUGGCUCACGAGAGCGGGCGUUGGAAUGACGUCCCCUGCAACUACAACCUGCCCUACGUGUGCAAGAAAGGGACAGUGUUCUGUGGUCCCCCUCCCACCGUGGAGAAUGCCUCCCUCGUCGGUGCCCGCAAAACCAAGUACAACCUGCACGCCACCGUUCGCUACCGGUGCGAGGAAGGCUUUGCCCAGCACCAUGUGGCCACCAUCCGGUGCCGGACCAAUGCCAAGUGGGACCGACCCCAAAUUGUGUGCACCAAACCCCGACGGUCACAUCGGAUCCGUCGACACCAUCACCACCAGCACCAGCACCAGCACCACCGUCACAAAUCACGCAAGGAACGUAGAAAACACAAGAAACACCCCGCGGGGGACUGGGACAAGGACCAAGGCAAUUUCUGCUGA